UUAUAAAAAGAUCUCUCGCCUAUAUGAAAUUUUCUUCAGAUAGUUAUCAUCAUAGCAUUUAUACAUAUGCAUAUGCACGUUUCGAAACAACCUUCACGUAUAAAACUCAUUGUAUUUAUUGUUUUAGAAGUCUAUAUAUGGUAAUUGUAAUGACCCAAUCCCACCAUCUCCACUUCUUUCCCCAACCCCACCAUCUUCACCUUCUUUUCCACUAUCUCCACCCUCUUUCCCACCAUUUCCAUCUUCUAUAAUUCACAAACUUAGAAAGAAAGAAAGAGAGAGAGAGAAAGAAAAAGAGAGAGAGAGGAAGAAGAGGAAGGGAGAAAGCUCACCUGAGCUCGUCGCCGGAGCAACCGUGCGCCGUGAUCACGUUCAGCUUGCCAGCACCGAUCAACACCCUAGGCCAUCAUCGUGUUCCUCUCGACGAGACGAAGCCGUAGCCGCCGACCGCGCCGCAAUCGGAGCCCGGAUGAGCCCGCACGCGCCUCCGGAAGUUUCGCCUCUGCGCGCGCGUGAGGUGCACGCGCCGCCGCCGGAAAUCGUCGCCGCCGCCUUCGCCGCCGAUUUGGAGUCCAUUUGAGCAGCUGGAGUUCAUAGAUACCACUUCUUAUUAUUGCUAAGGUGAGACCGACGAGCAGGAGUGAUUAUCGGACUGGUGCUAUUGGGCUUUUGGGUUUCUAUCGCUUUUACCGCUUUUAUCUUUAUCGGGCCUUUAGGCCUCUGGACUUUUAUCGUUUAUGUUAUUCCUAUUUCAGACUUUCGGUUUAUGUCGUAUUUUAUAUUUCGGAUGUUAUCGAUGUUGGGCUUUUAGGCCUUUUGGUACCGUAUUGACUUUUAUAUUAUGAUAUGAAGAUUAUUAUUAUUUGAGUUGUAUUAUUAUUUUAUUUCUGCUUUUAUCAAUUUAUUAUAUUUCGAAAGUGGCGGGUGUCACAAUUUGGUAUCAGAGCGGGUUCCAUCCCGGUUCCGUCCCGGGAUGGCGGUCAGGGGAUUCGGUUUUCAUCGGUUUUCAACGUUCUUUUUGUUUAAAAAAAAUAUAUAUAUAUUUAUUUAUAUAUUUGGAAAUUCUUUUAGCACCAUUAUGUCCAGUAAUUACUAACUCAAUUGUCUCUUUCAAUGACGAUGAGUAAAAUCAUCGUCAUUCGUCCUUCGACUAUCAGAGUUCUCGCCAGAUGUUCAGCAGUUGGGUGAUGUCCAAGUUCGUCAGUUUUCUCAGGAGUUAUCAGUUCUUCGGUCAUUAUUUUGAGGUUAUCCAGGAGUGGAUAUGUGACGUUUCUGCCACCAACCCACUUCAAGCAAUCGUUCCACGAGUUUUGCUACUGGAGAUUAUGUGGUGUGUGGUAUGAGCCAUUGGUUGGCAUGUGUUGUUGUGUGUACGAGUAUAUUGACUAUUUUGGAGAUAUAUUUGUUUUGUGAACUCGUGGAGAUCGCUUUUGAAUUGGGGUGCAGCAGCUUGCGUUGUGUGGGUGUUGGAGUUACACUUUGGUAUGUUUACCAAUUUUGGCAGUGUUGAUCGUUUCAGAGAUGUGUCGGUUUGGACAAUUGAUAUAGGACAUUGGGAGCUGUUUAUGUCCAUCGCGGUGUACCAAUUAUGCUUGGAGGGCCGAUUUUUUCGGAGACUCGUCAGGGAUUGAGCUAUGUUUUUACGAUGUCAUCCUUGGGAUGGAUUGGCUGUCACGUCAUCAAGUAGUGUUGGAUUUCCUGAGGGCAAGAGUUCCUAUUGCUGAAGCAAAUGGAAGUUUUUAUUGCAUGCAUUCUACAUGCUGAGGAGUUAUGGGAUAUAAGAACAUAGAGAUUUUUGGCUACCAUUUCAAUGGUUAAGGAUGAUGGACAACAUGGGCUGCAGGAUCUUCCGGUUAUUACAGAGUAUGAGGAUAUAUUUGUGACCUUUGGAAAGGCCACCACAAGACACAUGAGACGCUCUUGCAAUUUUAUUUUAUUUUGGAGCAAACAGCACUGGCUUCACGAGUUUCUUAUCGUCUAUCACCAGCAUGGAUGACUGAGUUGAGAAAGCGAUUGGAGGAACUCUUUGAUAAGGGAUUUAUCAGAUCGAUUUUUUCCCCAUGGGGAGCAUCAUUGUUGUUGUAAAUAAGAAAGGUGGGAGUUUCAGAUUUUGUAUCGACUACAUAGACUUGAACAUGGUAACCAUCAUAUUGACGAGUUGUUAGAAGAGCUUAAUGGAGGUUCAUCGUUCUCGAAGUUUGUCUUGGCAUCAAGAUACCAUCAGAUUGCUAUAGCUGAGGAGUAUGUACGGAAUGCAGAUUUCUGUUAUGGAUAUUACGAGUUCGUAGUGAUACCAUUUGGGUCGACAAAGGCACUGUUGCAUUCAUGAAGAUAUGAAUGACGUUUUCGUGAACAUUUGGAUAGGUGUGCGAUUGUAUUCACCAACGACAUCCUGAUUAUUUUGGAAUAGAAAGGAGAUUUGUGAGCAUUUAGCGGAUUGCGUUGGAUAAGCCUGGAGAGCAUCAGUUGUUCGCUAAGUUGAGGAAGUGUAGCUUCUGGCAGAGGAAUGUUGUAUUUUUGGGUAACAUGGUUUUGGAAGCAGAAUUUUGAUGGAUCCAAAGAAGAUUAAUACCGUUUCGGGAAGGUCGAAACCUAAGAGCGCUACAAAGAUCUGCCGUUCUUUUUGGGUUAAUAGUGUACUACUGGAAGUUCAUCAAGGGUUUCACCGGUAUAGUAAUGUUAAAGACGCGGUCUACGUGUAAAGACGUUAAGUGUGGUUGGAUAGAUUUUUGUUCGAGGAGUUUCACUGAAUUGAAGCACAACUAAUGAAGACACCAGUUUUGGGUUCUACUGAGGCUGAGGCUUACUGUGAUGUGUCAGAUACUGGAUUGGAUUUAAAUUAAGGUAUGAGGAUUAAGUCAUUUAUAUGCCUCACGCCAGAGAGGCUGUAGUGGUAUUUGCGUUAUAGUUUUGGAGAUCGUAAUUGUACGGGAAGGAAGUCCAGAUUCUAUGGGAUCAUUAGAGUAUGAUAUUUAUCUUCACUGAUUAAAAAUUGCACUUGGGCAGUGCAGUUGGAUUGAGUUUGUAGCAGACUAUAGUUUGGAUAUCGCAUACUAUCUGGUAAGGACAACCAGGUGAUAAAUGCCUUGGGUAGGCGUAUGAGCUGUAUCUCGGGAACCAAGAAGGUUCAUGAGUUUACUGGGAGAUUUGCUAGUCUCAGGUUGGGUGCCAUUACUAUCAUUGGAGAGAAAGAUGUCCUUGGGACUUUGGAGCAGACAGUUUUGCUAUGGAGGAUACACAAGCACAAGUUAGCAUUAUGGAUUGGUUGAACAGAUCGAGGUUGGGAGUAUUGGAUAUCAUACAGUUCUGAGCAGGAUAUACUUGUACCGAAACCGAGUUUGUGUGUUGGACGAUAAGUUGUUAAGAAAAUGAAUCAUACAAAAAACAUAUCACUCGUGUUUCUCUACCCAUCGGGAACACCAAAGGGUACAAAGAUAUGAAGAGUUAACUAUAAUUGAUGUAGUAUGAAGAUGUUUGUAACUACAUUGCGUCGCGGUGCCAGACAUGUUAUAUGACUAUGAUAGAGGAUCAGUUAUCUAUCAUGUUAUUUUUGAGCUUGCUUUUGCCGGAGUGGAAAUGAGGCAUGGUGAUUAUGGACAUUGUUAUUGGAUUUUAAAUCACCAUAUGUGGAAAGGAUGCCACAUGGGUAGUCAUGGAUAGACUUACCAAGUCAGCCCAUUUCCUAAGUAAUUAAGAAGACAAUCAGAGCUAAUCAAUUGGAGCAGACCUACAUUAUUGAGUUUGGGAAGUUUCAUGGAUGUCAACAUUGUAUCGGAUUGGGAAUCGAAGUUCACAUCUACAUUUCAGAGAGCCUUUCAGAAGGCACUUGAGACAAAGAUCAUAUGAGUACAGCUUAUCACCCAUUGACAUAUUGUCAGUCAGAGAGGACUACUCAGAACUUAAAGGAUAUGUUCAGAGAUUGCGUUGGAUGGAAUUUCGGAAAGCAUCUACCUUUACCAGAGUUUGCCUACAUCGACAACUAUCUUUUGAGUAUUAAAAAAUAAAAAAAAAAUACUAUACGAGGGUUAUUUAUGGUAGACCUUAUAGUAUACCACUUUGUUGGACCAAAGUGGGGUAGCAAUAUGAGUUAGAACUAUUAAUGGUUUAAGAGACGGUAGAGCAGAGGACAUGCUCAAGGAUUGGCUUUCGGAAGCCCAUGACGUCAGAGGAUUUAUGCAGCUAAGCACCAUAAGGAUUUGGAGCUACAUAUGAGCACCUAAUAUACCUGAAAAUAAGGACAUUUCAGGAGGGACCUAAGACUCAGAAGAUAAAGGAGCUUAAACCGAGACACAUGGAAUUGUAUCCUUCACUGAAGUGGAUUGGAUUAGUUGCUUGCAGUUACUUUAUCAGCAGUAUAUCAGCCUUCUAGGACUUGGUUCAUAUGACAGCAUUGCAAAAGUUGAGAAGGCGCUAUAAUUAUUUUGCAGUAGACAUCAAGUGAGUUCAUAAAGAUUUUAUGAACCUUAUCAUCUAUUGAAGAUUUUGAAUCAUCAUGAGAAAACAGUUCGGGGAAUAUCGACUGUGUUUGUCCGAGUUCGUUGGGAGGGAGAUAAGACUCAGGAGGAGACCUGAAAGGCCGAGCGAAGAUUAGUAUUCGAGGUUUUGCUAUGAUGACAUUGGGCACGUCAGCUUAUGACAUGAAUUCGGGGACGAAUUCCUUAUAAGUGGGGGAUAAUUGUAAUGACCCAAUCCCACCAUCUCCACUUCUUUCCCCAACCCCACCAUCUUCACCUUCUUUUCCACUAUCUCCACCUUCUUUCCCACCAUCUCCAUCUUCUAUAAUUCACAAACUUAGAAAGAAAGAAAAAGAGAGAGAGAGAGAAAAAGAGAGAGACAGGAAGAAGAGGAAGGGAGAAAGCUCACCUGAGCUCGUCGCCGGAGCAACCGUGCGCCGUGAUCACGUUCAGCUUGCCACCACCGAUCAACACCCUAGGCCAUCAUCGUGUUCCUCUCGACGAGACGAAGCCGUAGCCGCCGACCGCGCCGCAAUCGGAGCCCGGAUGAGUCCGCACGCACCUCCGGAAGUUUCGCCUCUGCGCGUGAGGUGCACGCGCCGCCGCCGGAAAUCGUCGCCGCCGCCUUCGCCGCCGAUUUGGAGUCCAUUUGAGCAGCUUGAGUUCAUAGAUACCACUUCUUAUUAUUGCUAAGGUCACAGAACAGGAUAUGGAAGACACAUACCAGCCCCCGUUUCAGAGUUGUAUCGAAGAUGGUAAAGCUAGCUGCUUGAUGUGUUCAUAUAAUGCAGUUAAUGGGGUGCCUGCUUGUGCUCGACAAGACUUAUUACAGAAAGCUCGAGUUGAUUGGGGAUUUAAAGGGUACAUUACAUCAGACUGUGAUGCUGUGGCAACCAUUUUCGAUUACCAAGGAUACACAAACUCAGCUGAGGAAGCUGUUGCUGAUGCAAUCAAAGCAGGCGUGGAUAUAAACUGCGGAACGUACAUGGUUAGACACACACAAUCUGCCAUCGAUAAAGGUAAAUUGAGCGAAGAGCAAAUAGACAGAGCUCUCCUAAACCUCUUCGCCGUUCAGCUUCGCCUCGGACUUUGUAAUCCAAAACAAGGACGUUACGCAAAGCUAGGAUCAAACGACAUUUGCAGCUCAAGCCACAGGGAGCUGGCGUUGGAGGCAGCGAGACAAGGCAUCGUGCUUCUGAAAAACGACCACAACCUCUUGCCGUUGAAGAAAAGCCACGUGUCUUCUUUAGCAAUCAUCGGUCCGAUGGCCAACAACAUUAGCAGUAUGGGCGGGACUUACACAGGCAAGCCUUGUCAAAGAAAGACUCUCUUCACGGAGCUUCUUGAGUACGUGAAGAAGACGUCUUACGCCUCUGGCUGCUCUGACGUCGCUUGUGACUCCCCCGCCGGGUUUAAAGAAGCUGUAGCCAUCGCCAAGGGAGCUGAUUUUGUCAUUGUCGUUGCGGGGUUAGACCUCACUCAAGAGACAGAGGAUAAGGAUCGAGUUAGUCUCUCUUUACCUGGCAAACAGAGAGAUCUUGUAACUUCCAUCGCAGCUGCGAGUAAGAAGCCAGUGAUUCUAGUCCUAACCGGUGGUGGACCGGUGGAUGUAACCUUUGCUAAAACCGACCCAAGGAUAGGAAGCAUUGUGUGGAUCGGUUAUCCAGGUGAAACCGGUGGACAAGCACUAGCUGAGAUCUUGUUUGGUGAUUUUAAUCCGGGUGGGAGGUUACCGAUGACGUGGUAUCCUCAGUCGUUUAGUGAGGUUGCGAUGUCGGAUAUGCACAUGAGAGCUGAUUCGUCUCGUGGUUAUCCUGGAAGAACGUAUAGAUUCUAUACCGGACCGAAAGUUUAUAAAUUCGGAACCGGUUUAAGCUAUACCAAGUUUGAUUACAAGAUUCUUUCAGCGCCAACUAGGCUUGGCUUAUCAGAAGUUAUCCUACAGGACUCUUCUUCACACAAGAAGUUGCUUCUCCAGAACGGAGAAAGGGAGCGAAGAUACUUGCAGCUGGACGAUUUGGCGGUUAACUCUUGCGAGUCUCUUCGGUUUAACGUCCGGUUUAGCGUGAGGAAUACGGGAGAGAUGGACGGUAGUCAUGUGUUGAUGUUGUACUCUAGAAUGCCUAAGGUUUUGUCUGGUGUUCCGGAGAGACAGCUGAUUGGUUUUGAACGUGUUCAUGUUCGUUCAAGUGAGAUGGUGGAAGCAGAGUUUGUGAUUGAUCCUUGCAAGCACCUAAGCGUUGCGAAUGAUGUGGGGAAGAGAGUGAUUCCUCUGGGGGCUCAUGUCUUGGUGUUGGGAGAUUUACAGCAUUCUCUGUCUCUUGAAUUCUAAAAUGAUUGAUUGUUUUAAGCAAACUGUGAUGUUUGGAAAAAAAGUUUAAUAAAAAGCGUUACUGCUUGGACGAAUAGUAUUUUCAGAAUAGUGGAAGACUUUCUUUCUUAUGUACUUUCUCUGGAAGGUAAUUUCUAAAUGUUGAAGGCCAAGGUUCUUCUUACUUA